AGUUUCCGUCUAGAUGGUUACGUUACGGGGAAGAUGACCCUGAAUUUGUAGCGUUGUGUUGUUGUGAAGUUAUCAAAGAAAAAAGAUGGAAGGUGCAUUUGUGGAAAUCCAAGUUCCUCAGCAGAAGCUUGUAAACGGAGUUCCGUUCCCUGCAGUAGUGUCUCCCGCAACUGCGAACCCUCUGACGCACUCCAUCAAAACCAACAAAUCCUUCAUCGAAUCACUUCUACUCCAAUCCGGUGCCGUCCUUUUCAGGGGCUUCCCCUUAACCACCGCAUCUCACUUCAACGACGUCGUCGAAGCCUUUGACUACGAUGAGCUUCCCUACGUGGGUGGCGCCGCUCCUCGAACCAACGUGGUGGGGCGCGUCUUCACCGCGAAUGAAUCCCCACCCGAUCAGAAGAUCCCUUUCCACCACGAGAUGGCUCAGGUUCCUGAAUUCCCUUCCAAAUUGUUCUUCUUCUGCGAAGUGGAGCCUGCGAGUGGGGGCGAAACCCCCAUUGUUCUUAGCCAUUUGGUAUAUGAAAGGAUGAAGGAGAAGUACCCUGAUUUCGUCCAGAAACUAGAGAAGCAUGGUUUGUUGUACACCAGGAUUUUAGGAGAAGACGAUAACCCCUCUUCUCCCAUUGGCCGUGGCUGGAAGUCAACUUUCUUGACCAGUGACAAGUCCAUCGCUCAACAAAGGGCUGCUAAAUUGGGAAUGAAGCUAGAAUGGUUGGAAGAUGGAGUGAAGACAGUGAUGGGUCCGAUCCCUGGUGUGAAGUAUGAUGAGAGGAGAAAACGGAAGAUAUGGUUUAAUAGCAUGGUGGCUGCUUAUACUGGCUGGGAAGAUGAACUGAAUGAUCCUGUUAAGGCUGUUACGUUUGGGGAUGGGGAGGCAUUACCUGCUCACAUAGUUUAUGAUUGUCUCCACAUAUUGGAGGAGGAAUCUGUUGCCAUUCCUUGGCAAAAAGGGGACCUUCUCUUCAUUGAUAAUUGGGCUGUACUUCAUUCCAGAAGAUCAUUUCAUCCACCUCGCAGGGUUCUAGCUUCCCUUGUCAAGUAACCCUUGUAUCAUAUUACUACAGUGUUAGUGUUGAAAUAUUUUUUAUAUUUCCAAUCUGAUAAAUAAAAAGGUCGAGACAAAUUAGUACAAGUAGUGCAGAACUGCCACCAUUACGUUAUGUAUGUACUUCUAUGGUUGUAAAUGCAGUAACUUCCCACCGAUUCCUCCUGAAAGAAAGAAAGACGUGUCUUGUUAGAUUUUGGUCACU